AUGUCAGACGAAAUCGAACCGCACAUCUUAAAAAGAUAUGAGAUAGUUAGUAAGAUAGGAAAGGGAGCAUAUGGAGUUGUUUGGAAAGCUAUUGAUAAAAAAUGUAAGAAUACUUAUGUUGCAUUGAAAAAAAUAUUCGAUGCAUUUUAAAAUGCGACAGAUGCUCAACGAACAUUUAGGGAGAUUAUGUUCCUUUAUGAAUUGGACCAUCAAAAUAUUGUUAAACUAUAUAAUGUUCAUAGAGCAGAAAAUCACAAAGAUAUAUAUUUAGUUUUUGAACACAUGGAAACAGAUUUGCAUGGUGUAAUUAGAGCAGGUAUAUUGGAAGAAGUCCACAAAUAAUACAUUAUAUAUCAAAUACUGAAGAGCAUCAAAUACAUGCACUCAGCAGAAUUAUUACAUAGAGAUUUGAAACCUUCAAAUAUUCUGUUGGACAGUGAUUGUUCUGUUAAAGUUGCUGACUUUGGUUUAGUAAGAUCCGUAGCAUGUCGUUAAGAUGCACCAUCUCCAGUUUUAACUGAAUAUGUAGCAACCAGAUGGUACAGAGCGCCUGAGAUUUUAUUGGGUUCUCACGCAUACACAAAAGGAGUAGACAUGUGGAGUAUUGGUUGUAUUCUAGGGGAACUACUGACAGGAAAGCCCAUAUUUCCUGGCAAUUCAACAUUAAAUUAGUUAGAUAGAAUCUUGCAAUUGACUGGUUGGCCAUCUCUUGAGGAUGUUGAAGCAAUACAAAGCCCCUUAGCCUCAACUAUGUUAGGGGCAAUCAGUCCUCCAUAAGUAAAACCCAUUCAUUAAAUAUUUCCCACUGCAAGUGAUGAUGCUUUGGAUUUAAUAUUUAGUUUAUUAAAGUUUAACCCAAAUAGUCGACUCACAGCUGAGAAAGCUUUGGCUCAUCCUUAUUUUUCAAAUUUUCACAAUGUUGAUGAAGAACCUAUCUCAGACAAAAUUAUCACAUUAGCAAUUGAUGACAAUGAGAAGUUCACAGCAAAUGAAUACAGAGACAAACUAUAUGAAGAAAUUGCCAUCAGGAAAAGAUAUAGUAUAAGAAAUUAAGAAGAUUUUAAUUCUUAAUUGCCUUCUCCUCCUCCUGUUUCUGAUCAAUUAAGAGAAAGACCAUAAACUUAGAAGGUCAAACCAUAAUAACAAUAGGAAAGUGAAAAAUUUUAUGAUUCUUUCCAAUAAUAAGAUCCAGCCAAUCCACUUAAGUAAAAGAUUUCAGAAAGAUCCAAUUCUAAAAAAUCCAAAUUUUUAUAAUCUGCCCUAAAUGGAUUUAUAAAUCCUAGACAAAACUCAAAAACAACCAAACAAUUCUUUCAAACGUAACAACAACCUAAUAAAACUUACGCUCCUUCCUUUCCUAAUAAUUCAUCAAUUAAUUUUUAAAAGAAUGUCUCGUAUACUCAAACAGAGACAAAAGUCUCAUCUCAGUUACUCUAUUAAUAAUAUCACAAAUUAUUUAGUUCAGCAUAAGGAAAACUAUUAGUUAAUCAGGAUUCUGCACAAUCUUAACAAAAGGUCAAAAAAGGACUAAGCGACUUGUUGGGAUCAAAUUAAAGUUUGAAUAGAUAAUCUCAACAUAAAUAGAAAAAGUGA